AUGACUCCCCCAUCAGAGGUGAAGAACUCCCCCAUCAGAGAGGUGAAGAACUCCCCCAUCAGAGGUGUCAGAGGUGAUGACUCCCCCAUCAGAGGGGUGAAGAACUCCCCCAUCAGGGGUGAAGAACUCCCCCCAUCAGAGGUGAAGGACUCCCCCAUCAGAGAGGUGAAGAACUCCCCCAUCAGAGGUGAAGGACUCCCCCAUCGGAGGUGUCAGAUGAUGACUCCCCCAUCAGAGGUGAAGAACUCCCCCAUCAGAGCGCUGCGUAACCGCGCUCCUGCAGCCAAUGAGAAGGAGGCAGAGGAGUCGGUGACGCGGCCCGGUCCCGGUGACGCGGCCCGGUGCCUUCUCCUCUGCACAGACCUGCCUCCGUCCUCUGCAGACCCCCGCAGACCCCCGCAGACCCCCCGCAGCUCCGAGGACGGAUCUAUCGUUUGUGUUUGA